AUGAGGCAAUACAGAAGAUCACGGUUCGUAUGUAGAUGGAAGAGCUAUGCCGAUGUAAGACGUAAGGAUCUGGAAUUUAAGACCGGGGUGAAAGUGUUCUUAAAGGUGGCACCCAUGAAAGGGUCGUUUCUUCAAACCGCGGUCAUCGUUUGGUUGUCUGAGUUUAUCUGCAGAAUUUCGAUUAAGGAAGAAAGGAGAGAGAUCGAAAUAGAGUCCUUUUUGCAGUCCUUCAUCGACCCAAAGAAGAACUGGUUUGCUCGUCAACACAUGAAAGUGCUCACCCAACGCCUCCAUAAUUAUGGUCUUCGAUUCGAUCUGUAUGAUCCAUAUUAUGAUAUUGAUAUGAAGAAGGCUUUGAAUCGACUCCCUAGGGAGGUUGUUGAUGCGGGCAAUCAGCAUUUGAAGCGGGCCAUGGACCUUUCCAUGAAGCAUCAGUACCUUCCUGAUGAUCUUCAAGCCAUGCAAACACAAUUCAGAAGCUAUCUCCAGGAUAUGUUGGCACUUGUAAAGAAGGAGAGAGCAGAACGUGAGGCAUUGGGAGCUGUGCCAAUUUAUCGUGGGAGUCCUAACUCCCUGAAAACUCUAACACACAAGUGCAUAACAUAUCCUCCAGUGUCUGGUUUAAACGCUUUGUCUGACCAUCCGUCUGUGGGUGAAAUGUUGUACUGA